AUGGCUCACCUGAAAGCCAGCACAGCGAUGCCCCCCACCGCCAUGCUUUCGAGGGGUUCCUUCAGAAGCACUUCCGUCCCCGGAAAUACGAGGAAAUUGGGGACGAGAAUCGGAAGUGGCGCUGGGAGGAGGACUGAUCGGCGGCUUUCAAUCCGGUACAGGGGAGGAGGGAAGAGGGGAUUUGGGGGAAUCGAGGCGGCGCCGUCGCCGGCGGGGGAGGUGGGGUCGGCGAGCGGAGGGGAGGAACUAGAGCAGCGAUAUCUUGUCACGGAGUACGGAUGGGGGGUGAGGAGGAUGACGAAGGUUGGGGAGGAAGUGAGGGUGGUGGCUCACAUACAGGCCGAAGCAUUCCACGAACCUCUGGGUCUCUUCGACGACUUUUUCUUCCAGUUCUUCGAGGUGGGCCUCCCAUUUCUCCGUCUAACUUCAUCAUGGUGUCAAUUAAAAACAUUCAGCCAUGGUUGACUUUCUCAAAUUCUUGUUACCCCUCAAGAGUUCUACGUGUCUGAUCCCUUCCAACGCUGUGCAAUGCAGGCCGACGUUCUUCAGGCGCUGAUCUACAGAAUGAGAAGUUCACCACCAGACAGGUGAAGAAAUUAUCCGGAUCUUGCCUCCUGUCAUGGUUAAUUCUCCAAAUAUUUGAUUAUAAAUGAAAAUUCUCCAAAUAUGUUGUUACCAUGCAGCAGCAAGAGCUCCAGUGUGAUUAAUUAUAAAUUCCAUUAAAAAUACGAUUUAGCUUAUUCAACAUGUUCAUGCCAGGAUCUCCAGGAGUUUCUGCAAUUCAGUUCACGGGUGUCCAUAAGAACUAGUGAAGAUUUUAUUUUCUUUUAAAAUGUGAAAAAUUAUAAUAAAAAUUUAAAGUCCUUGACAAAACAAUGAAAUCUCUCAGGGCAUAUGAGCACAGAUCGUUUGAUUGAUUUUUUUCAAUUUCCUUUCUCCAGUGAGCAUUUUUUUUUUUUUUGGAGUUAAUAUGCUCUGAACCAGUGCUUGGAUAGCAGGUAUGCCUGUUUGGUCGCAGAGCCCAUGGAUGCAUCUAAUCUGCUAUCCACCUCACUGCAGGGGCUUGUGGGGGUCGUAGACGUCUCCAUCCAGAGGGAUGGGGAUGUUCUAAAGCAUCUUGAAGGUGUAGAGGAGUACCUCUAUGUGUCUGGGAUUGCAGUUCUGAAGAGCUUCAGGUAACUAAACAAGCGGUACCUGAGAUAUAAUAUUCAGUUUUUAUGCGAUAAUUAAUGAAUGUAUUUCAUUAUUAUCAAAUACUUAUUGUCAAUGACUAGAUCUUCAUCGGAGUUUUCAUAAAAUAUCAUAAAAUGGUUUUUUCUUCAAGUGAUGGAUCAAGUAGCUCUAGAUCAUGGAUGACAGGAGGAGGAGAGUAGCAAGCGCUCUGCUUAAAGCCUGUGAUGCGCUCUCAAUCUUGUGGGCUUGCAGUCACCUGGUGUUGCAUGCAUAUGAAGAUGAUGAGGCUGCCCAAGAACUCUACUCAAAAGCAGGGUAUAAAGUUGUUUCAGGGGAUCCAUGGUGGGUCAAUCCUCCUAUUGGGAAGAGGCGCCGAGUUCUUAUGAUCAAACAGUCUUCUCUGUGUAAGUCUUCUCCAUGUUACUCCAAAAAAAUGGCAAUUAAGUCAUAA